AUGAGUCUCUUGCGAUCCAGCGUAUGCAGGGCAUGCCGACGGUCACAGCAAAUUCGCUGGCACAGAGGCUUUGCGACAGCCACUAGCCCGUCGUAUGACAACCGCGUGAAGCUGGUCGAGGUUGGACCUCGAGAUGGCCUGCAGAACGAGAAAAUGGCGAUUCCUCUGGAGACGAAGCUCGAGCUUAUUGAACGGCUAGCUCUGACAGGAGUCUCUACCAUUGAGGCCGGCUCCUUUGUUGCCCCAAAAUGGGUUCCCCAGAUGCGCAAUUCUAGCGAAAUUCUUCAACAUAUUCUUGAUGGCAAGAUCUCCUCACCCGGUCCAAUUUCUUAUUCUUUCCUUGCUCCGAAUAAUAAGGGCCUGCAGUCUGCCGCAGGCGUCCUCAACGCCAAUACCGGAAAGUUCGCAACACAAAUGGAGCCUGCUACUGGAGGAGAUGCAGCCACCAAGCCAAACGUUGAAAUUGCUGUUUUCGCUGCCGCCACCGAAAGCUUUACACAGAAGAAUCUUAACUGCGAUAUUAAGACCUCGCUGGAGCGCUUCAAAGCGGUGAUCCAGGACUCCAAGGCUAUGGGUCUCCGGGUGCGAGCCUACAUCUCCGUGGUCCUAGGAUGUCCUUUUGAGGGCUUCGAUGUUGACCCUCACAAGGUAGCAGAAAUUGCCACGGACCUUCUUGAGGCGGGUGCAGAUGAGAUCUCGCUUGGUGACACUACAGGCAUGGGCACGGCGCCUCGAACAGGAGCUCUCCUUCAGUGCAUGUCUGCAGCAGGCAUUCGAACCGAGGAUAUUGCCAUGCACUUCCACGAUACAUACGGUCAAGCUCUAGUAAAUACUGCUGUAUCCUUGGAGCACGGUAUUAGAACAUUUGAUAGCAGUGUCGGUGGACUGGGUGGCUGCCCUUACAGCCCUGGUGCUACUGGUAAUGUCUCUACAGAAAACAUGGUCUAUUUUAUGGAAACUCUAGGCAUGGACACAGGUAUCAAUUUGGAUGCUAUGUCUGAUAUCGGAGCGUGGAUUACAAAGGAGUUGGGUAAGGAAAAUGGAAGUACAGUGGGCAAGGCGGUUCUUGGAGCUCGAACCAGAACCAAACAAGAGGCGGCUAAAGCUUAA